GCUGCCGGGCCUGCGGAGGAGUAGGGCAAAUUUGGGACUUCCGUCGGCUUUUAGAUGCUGCCUCUGUAGCGGCCUGGUAGAGUUGCGGUUUUAGCGCGCUGCCUUGCAGCGGCCUCUGUGCGUCUCAUCUCGUGUCCCAAGCUCUCUGGAGCUUGGCGAAUAUCCGAGCGGCCCCGCUGCUCCUUGUUUCCGGCGUCGGCCGGCUUGAGGAGGGCCGGCCCCUGGGAGCCGCGCGUGCACGUCCUCUUCGUCGUCCUCCCGGGGCCCGGCGCGGGGACAGCCGGAGCUGAGGUGUCAGGGACGUCCUGAAGACUGCGCCUACUAAGGGUGCUUGGAAAGGAGUAGUUCAAAAUGUCAAAAAUUAGGAGAAAGGUCACAGUGGAAAACACCAAGACCAUAUCUGAGAGUACAUCCCGAAGACCUAGUGUAUUUGAGAGGCUUGGACCCAGCACUGGGAGCACAACAGAGACACAGUGCCGUAACUGGCUGAAGACUGGCAGCUGCCUCUAUGGAAACACAUGUAGGUUCAUACAUGGCCCUUCACCUCGUGGGAAAGGUUACAGCAGCAAUUACAGAAGGUCACCAGAAAGACCUACAGGUGAUCUCAGAGAACGAAUGAAGAAUAAGCGUCAGGAUGUGGAUUCUGAAUCCCAGAAACGGAACGCAGAGGAGUCUUCCUCACCUGUUAGGAAAGAAUCUUCAAGAGGGAGACAUAGAGACAAGGAAGACAUAAAAAUUGUUAAGGAGAGAACUCCAGAAAGUGAAGAAGAAAAUGUAGAAUGGGAAACUAACAGAGAUGAUUCUGACAAUGGAGAUAUUAAUUAUGAUUAUGUUCAUGAGUUAUCAUUGGAAAUGAAGCGUCAGAAAAUACAGAGAGAAUUAAUGAAGUUGGAACAAGAAAACAUGGAUAAGAGAGAAGAAAUUAUCAUUCAAAAGGAGGUUUCCCCAGAAGUGGUUAGAUCAAAAUUGUCUCCAUCACCUUCUCUGAGAAAGUCCAGUAAAUCUCCAAAGCGAAAGUCCAGCCCCAAGGCAUCUUCAGCUGGCAAGAAAGAGCGGAAGGGUGCUGUGGUGACUUCUCCGCUGUUGGACCAGCAGAGAAAUUCAAAAGGCAACCAAAGUAAAAAGAAAGGACCACGCACUCCUAGUCCACCUCCUCCUAUAUUAGAAGACAUCAUUCUGGGGAAAAAAUACAAAGAAAAGUAUAAAGUGAAAGACAGGAUAGAAGAAAAACCAAGGGAUGGAAAGGACAGAGGACGGGAUUUUGAAAGGCAAAGAGAAAAACGUGACAAACCAAGGUCUUCCUCCCCGGGACAGCACCAUUCUCCUCUGUCUUCUAGACAUCACUCGUCAUCCUCACAGUCAGGGUCAUCUAUUCAGAGACACUCUCCUUCUCCUCGCCGGAAAAGAACUCCUUCCCCAUCCUACCAGAGGACUUUAACUCCAUCUUUACGACGUUCUGCCUCUCCUUAUCAAACCCAUUGUCUGUCUUCUCCUCAGAGAAAGCAAAGCCCUCCAAGACAUCGCUCUCCAAUGCGAGAGAAAGGGAGGCAUGAUCAUGAACGAACUUCACAGUCACAUGAUCGGCGUCAUGAAAGGAGGGAAGAAACUCGAGGCAAAAGGGAUAGAGAAAAGGACACCAGAGAAGAGCGAGAGUCUGAACAUGACCACAGGGAUGACAGAGAACCACGAGACAGCCGGGACCGGAGAGACACUAGAGACCGUAGGGAACUGAGAGACUCCAGAGACAUACGGGACUCCAGAGAGAUGAGAGAUUAUAGCAGAGAUACCAAGGAGAGCCGUGAUCCCAGAGAUUCCCGGUCAGCUCGGGAUGUCCAUGACUACAGGGACCGUGAACCUCGGGAUGCUCAUGCUAGAGAUGUUCGGGAUGCUCGGGACAUCCGGGAUGUCCGAGAUGUGCGUGAUGUCCGGGAUGUCCGGGAUGCUCGGGAUGUCCGUGAUAUUCGAGAUGUCCGGGAUGCUCGGGAUGUCCGUGAUGCUCGGGAUGUCCGUGAUGUCCGUGAUGUCCGUGAUGUGCGGGAUGUGCGGGAUGCCCGGGAUGGUCAUCGAAAGGAGGAUGUAUACCAGGAAGAAGCCCGCAGUUAUGGUAGAAACCACUUGAGAGAAGAGAGUUCUAGAGUUGAACUAAGGAAUGACUCUAGAAAUGAGUCUCGAAGUGAAAUCAGAAAUGACCGGAUGGGCAGAAGUAGGGGGAGAGGUCCAGAACUGCCUGAAAAGGGAAGUCGAGGCACAAGAAGUUCCCAAAUGGAUAGCCACAGCAGUGGCGGCAACUACCAUGACAGCUGGGAAACUCGGAGUAGCUAUCCUGAAAGAGACAGGUACCCUGAGAGAGACACUCGGGAGCAAGCAAGGGAUUCUUCCUUUGAGAGAAGGCAUGGAGAAAGAGACCGUCGGGAUAACAGAGAACGAGCUCCUAUGUUCGACACCUCCUGCUGCCCCUAUCCUUUGCCACCAGUGUUCUCAGGUCCUGCUGUGGGGACAGAGAAGAUAAGAGAUCAAAGACCAAGCUCACCUAUUCGCCAUCAGGGAAGGAGUGAGGAGCUUGAGCGAGAUGAAAGAAGAGAGGAACGAAGAAUAGACAGAGUGGAUGAGAGAAGAGAUGAGAGGGUCAGAGACAGAGAUCGGGACCGAGAGCGAGAGAGGGAGAGGGAGAGAGAGCGGGAACGAGAGCGGGAGCGGGAAAAGGAAAGAGAAAGAGAACUGGAAAGAGAGAGAGCAGCUAGAGAGCGGGAGAGAGAGAGGGAGAAAGAGAGGGAGAGGGAGCGAGAACGAGAGAGAGAGCAGAGAGAUCGUGACCAUGAUCGAGAGCGAGAAAGAGAGAGGGAGCGAGAGAGGGAAAAAGAACGGGAACGAGAGCGAGAAGAGAGAGAGAGGGAGAGAGAGAGGGAACGGGAGCGGGAGAGAGAGCGGGAACGGGAGCGGGAGAGAGAGCGAGAGCGGGAGCGGGAGCGAGAGAGGGCCAGAGAAAGAGAGAAAGAACGAGAACGGCAAAGAGAGUGGGAAGAUAAAGACAAGGGGCGCGAUGACCGGAGGGAGAAGCGCGAGGACGUCCACGUUCGCGAGGACAGGCUCCCCAGAGACAGCCACGAGGACAGGAAGUCCAAGAAGCGCUAUAGAAACGAAGGGAGUCCCAGCCCCCGGCAGUCCCCCAAGCGCCGGAGGGAGCAUUCGCCCGACAGUGACACCUACCACAGUGGGGAUGACAAAAAUGAAAAGCAUCGACUCCUGAGCCAGGUUGUACGGCCACAGGAAUCCCGCUCUCUCAGCCCAUCGCACCUCACAGAAGACAGGCAAGGUAGAUGGAAAGAAGAGGAUCGGAAAUCGGAAAGAAAGGAGAGCUCAAGGCGCUACGAAGAGCAAGAACUCAAAGAGAAGCUCUCGUGUGGAGACCGGCAGAGGGAGCAGGCAGACAGCGCGGACGGCUCACGAGCACGGGCGCCCGACAUCCUCAGCCAUCGGCAGGCCGAAGACCGCGACCGUGACGGCUCCGAGCGAGCCCACGACGAGAAGAAGAAAGCCAAAGCUCCGAAGAAACCUGUGAAGAAAAAGAAGGAGGAGGAUGCUGGAAUAGAGAGGGGCAACCUUGAGACACAUGAGGAUAGUCAGGUGUUUUCACCAAAGAAAGGGCAGAAGAAGAAAAACAUUGAGAAGAAGCGAAAAAGAUCCAAGGGCGAUUCUGACGUUUCUGAUGAAGAGGCCGCCCCGCAGAGUAAGAAGAAGAGAGGGCCUCGCACACCCCCUCUGGCCAUCAAGGAGGAGCUGAUUGACAUUUCCACUGACAAGGAUGGCAUCCUGGAGGAUCCACUGAAGAAAGAAGAUACAGCCUUUAGUGACUGGUCAGAUGAGGAUGUGCCGGACCGCACAGACGGGCUGGAGGCCGAGCUCGCCGCGGCCACGGCCACCCCUGGCAGCACCCCUUCCCCGCUGUCCUCCCUUCUCCCUCCUCCUCCCCCGGUGGCCGCUGCCAGCAUUGCAGCUACUGCUCUCGCCUCCUCAGCUAUUUCCACCGCCACCUCUGCCUCCGGUUCAGGCUCUGCUGCCACCUCCAAUUCUAACGGUGGUGAAGACUCACAUAGAAAAUGCCACAGGGCACGAGGGGAGAAGCUAGAGGUGUCUCAUGUGACCCUAGAGGAUACUCCACAUCGCAAGCUGGUGGAUCAAAAGAGAAGCAGCAGCCUUGGAAGCAAUCGCAGUCACCGCAGCCACACCUCUGGUCGCCUACGCUCCCCAUCUAAUGAUUCUGCACAUCGAAGUGGGGAUGACCAGGGUAGUCGGAAGAGGGCGCUCCAUGGUGGCUCCAGAGAUAGAGAGAAAACAAAAAGCCUCGAAAUCACAGAGAGAAAGUCCAGGAUUGAUCAGUUAAAGCGCGGAGAACCCAGUCGAAGCACUUCUUCAGAUCGCCAGGAUUCCAGAAGCCACAGCUCAAGAAGAAGCUCUCCUGAGUCAGAUCGGCAGGGUCACUCAAGGUCUGGGUCAUUUGACAGUAGGGACCGACUUCAAGAACGAGAUAGGUAUGAGCAUGACAGAGAGCGGGAGAGGGACCGGAGGGACCCCAGACCGAGGGAGUGGGACCGGGAAGCCGAUAAAGAAUGGCCUCGGACCAGAGACCGAGAUAGACUUCGGGAACGCGAGAGAGACCGAGACAAAAGGAGAGACUUGGACAGAGAAAGGGAGCGACUGAUCGCUGACCCCAUGGAAAGGGACAGAGAACGAGAUAGAACUUUUGAGACGUCUCAGUUGGAAUCUGUGAAGCGAAGUGAAGUCAAAUUGGAGAGUGAACAUGAAAGAGACCUGGAAGGCAGCAGCUCCCGGGACUCCGUGGCCUUGGAAAAAGAAAGGAUGGACAGAGACCUGGGAUGUGUGCAGGGGUUUGAAGAUGUGGGUAAAGCUGAGAGAACAGAGAGUCUGGAAGCAGGAGAUGACGAAUCUAAGUUAGAUGAUGCACAUUCGUUAGGAUCUGGUGCUGGGGAAGGAUAUGAGCCUAUCAGUGAUGACGAGCUAGAUGAAAUUCUGGCAGGGGAUGCAGAAAAGAGAGAGGACCAGCAGGAAGAGGAGAAGAUGCCAGAUCCAUUAGAUGUGAUAGAUGUGGACUGGUCUGGACUAAUGCCAAAGCAUCCGAAAGAACCAAGAGAGCCUGGGGCUGCACUCUUAAAGUUCACACCUGGAGCUGUUCUACUGCGAGUUGGGAUUUCUAAAAAGUUGGCCGGUUCUGAGCUCUUUAGCAAAGUUAAAGAAACAUGUCAACAACUUCUAGAAAAACCCAAAGAUGCAGACAGCCUUUUCGAACACGAACUAGGAGCUCUCAACAUGGCUGCUUUACUUCGCAAAGAAGAGCGAGCAAGUCUUCUUAGUGACCUGGGACCGUGUUGUAAAGCUUUAUGUUUCAGACGGGAUUCUGCAAUCCGGAAGCAGCUUGUGAAGAAUGAAAAGGGAACCGUGAAGCAGGCGUACACAAACACUCCGAUGGUAGACAGUGAGCUGCUUCGCCUAAGUCUUCGCUUAUUUAAGAGGAAGACCUGCCAUGCACCUGGACAGGAAAAGACUGAAGAUGGGAAAUUAGCACCGUGCAGUGUCCAGCAGGAGCUGUGUGUGUCCUAGGUGGAGACUGAGGACAUCUUCUUAGUAGUGCAUAAUCUUUCUUGAAGUAUCAGCAGUGGAGAACUUCAGUCUUCAGAUACCAGUGUUGGUUCAUUUAAGAUUUUACGUUAAUUUUUAUACAGUAAUUGACACUCAGACAAAAUAAUGUGAAAAUGUCUAGAUUUAGUAAUUUCAUGUGUGUCAUUAAAAUUGAAGAUUUUAAGAAACCAGGUCACCCCUGCUCUUCCAGCCUAUGAAUACUUCCUAUGAAAUAAAAGCACUGAUUUUUAUUCUGGAUCAUCAUACAGAAACUGACCUUAAUCAGAAGGUGUGUUCAUAGAAGCUGCCGUGCAGGCCACAGCACCUUGUCAGUGCUCUGAGGAGCCCAGCCUAGCAGGCACGCCCGGAGACAGUCUCCACCACAAGGAAGCCCAAGUGGGUUUGGUUUUUUUUUCUUUUGAAAAUUCUAAAAUAAAUGACUCCAUGGGAUUUUUUUUUUAUACAUGUACAUUGCUACAUUAUAUAUUGGAAGUCUGUGGACUUUUGAGUGGGAUUUCACUGUUCAUUAUCAGAGACUGUGUGCUCUUUUAUUUUUAAUAAAUGUGCGUUCCCUUUG